AUGUCACCCUUUUUAAUAAACAAACAUCUUUUGUCUUCUGUAGGAGAACUGAAAAAUAUUAAAAGACUUCGGUAUGGAGACCUUUUGAUAGAAACUGUGUCCGGAAAGCAGUCUAAUAGUCUUUUGAAACCAACUAAAUUAGGACAAGCAAACGUUGAAGUUAAGCCACAUAUCACUCUGAACUCAUCCCGAGGAGUAGUCUAUCACAUAGACUUAGUCUCAGAAGAGGAAUUCGUUAAAGAGUUGGCAGAUCAAAACGUGUGUGGUGCUCGUAGGAUCAAAAUACGGAAAGACGGUCAAUUUAUUCCCACUAAGCAUGUCAUACUUACUCUCAAGUCUCCUAACCUGACUAAAAACAUCAAAGCUGGAUACCUAAACUCUUCAGUCAGGCCGUAUAUACCGAAUCCAAUGCGUUGCUUUCAAUGUCAGCGCUUUGGACAUGGAAAGACCUCUUGUCGCGGUAGCCUCACGUGUGCUCGAUGUUCCAUCGUAGGCCAUGCCAGUGAAGGCUGCUCUGCUGCCCCCUUAUGUAUAAAUUGUAAAGGCGAGCACCCAGCUUUUUCAAGAUCCUGUCCGAAAUGGCAGAUAGAAAAACAAAUUCAAAACAUUAAAGUUAUACAAAAGAUAUCAUUUGCACAGGCCAAACGACUUGUUCUAUCUAAUCAAAUCAGUCAAGAUCUAAUAAAUCUUAUGCAUCUUCAACAAAAUCAUUCAUAUCAAUAUCAAUGCAAACCACAAUAA